CACCGUCACGUGACCUGCCAAGUAUCUUGGCUGCGAUCGACAGGCUGAGCACAUGGCGGAUUGUAGGUAGAAUUUGUCUAUUUUAGCUUCUUUAUAAUCGGAAUUCUUGUGGACUGUCCACUUUCCUCUACUGCCAUCUUAUUAUGUAAUCCCUUGUUCACACACUGCAAUACAAAAUGGGCAUUAAGGAUUUCCAGGAAUUUUUAGAAUCAGAGUGUUCCAGUGCCUGUGUCUCGGUCGACUUACUAAAGAUAUCGAGAGGGUUCGUUCCGAAAAGGCGUGGUCCCCGUUAUGGCGGCUCAGGACGAUUUUGUUUAGUCGUGGAUGCAGAAAGUUGUUUGGACAGAUUAUACGGUGGCUUCUUCUCUGAUUGGGUAUGUGGUGGUCAGUGGAACCGGAUGACAGCAUUUCUCACGAGCUUGAUUCAAGCAUGUCACAACGCCAACAUGGAGUUAGUCGUCUUCUUCGAUGGUUGUCUUGAAAGUCAGAAACUGCCCGAAUGGUUGACACAACAGCUUGCACAAAAGGAGAAGGUUCGCCUGGUUUUGCGGCACAUUAACAACAAAGGCACGCCCCUUCCGAAAGUAUGGUGGUCGCAGCCCGUCUUCCUCAGGGGUGCUUUGAAGAUGGCCCUUCGCCAUCUAGGAGUCGCUGUCGCGUGUUCCAUGGACGAUCAUCACCAAGAGGUCAUAGGCUUCUGCAGAGAACACAAUCUUCAGGGCAUCGUUGCUCAGGAGUCAGUGUACACCAUCUUCGACCCACCACGCUACUUUUCUUCAAACAACCUCAAGCUCACGUACAAGGGCUCCCUGGAGACCAAAGAAUACAUCAUGGACGAGAUAGCAAAGUGUCUCAACCUCAACCCAAACCGAUUCUGCAUAUUUGCUGCACUGCUGGGAAAUCACAUUCUGACUGAUGACGACUUGUAUGACUUCCGGAGUCAGCUGGCCGCAGCUGAGGGAGGGAAGCCAGUCAAGCGUGGACAGAACAACCGACUUGAAAAUUCCACCAUCAAGUAUACCGUAGACUUCAUCCGCAAUCUUCCUGCCACAGACAAUCUUGACAAUGUUGGGGAGGUCGUCUUCAAAGGGACUAAGAAUAAGGCUGAGUUGAUCAACCGGUUCAAGCAGAGUGUCCAGUACUACCUGAAUGGAACGCAGGAGGGUUUCCUUAAGUACAGACCCAGGUUGAAGAUGCCUGGUUCUCCCCGGCAGCAGGGCAGUUAUCCUGGGACUCAAAACGGACAUGCGGAAAUAUCUGGUUAUGGGGACAGUCUUGGCCAGCAUCCUGCUCCCCAAAUAGUGAUAGAUCCCCCACAUCACAACGCUCUGGGUGAGUUUGGACGAAGGCAUGGCUACGGAAGUAGCGGAGAUGCAAGCAUGAACAAUCGCCACCUACAGUUCAAUGGUGUAGACAGCAACGACAAAUUGGGUUCGUCUUCCUCUAGCAGUGGUUCCAGCCCCACCUGUCGACUCAGCCCAGAGGGAGGGUGGUCAAACAAGGGAAGAACAAAUGACGUUGAUAACAAAGGCCCCCCUGUGACGCCGGAAAUUGUCCGCAUUGCCAGUGAGCGCCAUCAGAAGGGGCUGAUGUCUUCCUGGAUAUACCAGCUACUUACACAAUGUGAAAUCAAGCUGCCUGUGAUCCUUGAGGACGACACCAACCGUGAACUGCCAUCCUACAUCGACCUCUACCGCCCCAUCAGACAGACUGUUUACUCUGUUCUGUUCAAUCUUAACAAACUCAAGAUCAUCCAUGAAAACCAAAGCAAAGAGCAGGGUGAGGCACCCCCAAGGUCCUUUGAUGUUCUAGUAAAGGAAUGGAUCAUCCGUCGAGGCACCAACCGACCUUCAUUUGAGAUUGUUAUAGCGAAGCCUGUUGAAUGGAAGACCCCCAGCAUCGAGCGCAUGUGGUUGGGUCAACAGGCUGAUGACAAGAACCGUAGACUCCACGCCUUCCUCACCUGCAUGCAGAGUGACUCACCCUUGAUGUUAAACACCAACUAUGUACCACAGCAUCUCCUCAUCAUGUGCUGUGUUCUCAGAUACACCCUCCAGUUCGGUCGAGUUCUCCAGCGACAGGAGCUGGAUGCAUUCCUGGCAAUGGCCGUUUCUCCAUUGCUUCACGAUGUGCAGACCAUGCAGGACCUCAAGCUCCCCACCAUCCAGCCCCGGGGAGCCCAGCUUGCCUCGCUGUUCAUGGCUGGCGUGGAGACAGCCAUCUUUGCCAAUGACGUGUGCGGGGCCCCCAUUCCCUGGACCAUGUGCUGUCCCUGGCUGUUCUUUGAUGGGAAACUCUUCCACUUCAAACUCCUGAAGGCCAACAACAACACUCCUCUCAUUGACAUGUGCGACGGACAGGUAGACCAGGUGCUCCGAGUGGAGAGGAUGCGGCAAGCCAUCAUGGAGAACCUGAGAGUGGAGUUUGCCAAACCCCUGCUGCCAAAUGCAGCCAUGUAUGCCCACUACCCCUUUCCCCCUUAUCCAGGCCAUCCAGGCCACAUGGCAUACAGACCAGGUGGGCGUGGUGCACCGCCCCAUGGGGCGGGCCCACAGUCUCAGAAGGGCAGAGGAAGAGGCAUCCUUGGUAAUGGCCGUUCACCAAUAGAUUCCCGAGGUGGCCAGUUGGAGAUUGCUGGAGUUGUCGUUGGCAGCUGGGGUCCCAACCUGUCUGCUGGACGUGGAGCCCGUGGCGGCAUGAGCCCUCAAGUCAUGUCUGUGGGGCGCCGUGGCAUGCCAGGGCGGGGCUACCUGCCCAGCAGACCUAUCAGAGGCCGCAGCCCAGCCCUUUACAGCAUGGGUCGUGGCCUCAGACCCACAUACAGACCAGGUAUGUAUGCUGCUCGGGGCACAGGCCGUGGUUUCCGAGCAGUCCGCCGGGCACCCCUCCGAGUCCGCCCCCGCAUCAGUGGACGUGGGCGUGCCGGGAAACCCAUGACGAUGCCAGGACCGGGGCGUGGGAGAGGAGUUACUGUUGACUCCUCAGGCUAUGUGGAUUAGUUACUUUCCACCAUGGGGACGCCAGGAGGUUUCUGCAGCAGGGAUGAUGUUACCAUGGCAGCCAGAUCAUCCCAUCUGCUCGUACCACCAAGCAGGACAAUAAAACCACUUAGGCUCACCUGCUGCACCACCUGGCGACACUGCAAUCUGCACCCCAGCCUAACAGCACUGCCCAAACAGUCUUUUCUUUCCCAAACUCCAAACCCCUCUGACGGCAGGUAUUUGUGGAGCUACAUUCUGUCUUGUCCGACCAGGAAACUAACAGGCCAACUGUAGUUAUAUUGAUUCUCAAAGAAAUGAAUUUGAAAUGGAAAGUAUUUUCUUGGAAUCGGAGAUAAUCAGUGUGGAGACAUUGUGAUGGUGGUUUGUUGAGAAGCUUCCAAGUCCGACAAGACCACAGCUCAAUCUGAGUCAAGUUCAGUAAUUGUUACUUUAUAUUUCUGUUGUUAUGUUAUAUUGAAUUUUUAUGAUGGAUUUGACUCUUAUUGAUAAAACCCUGUACCUCCACAAACACAAGCACCUGUCGAGGCCGAGAAUAACAUUGGUCACAGCUGAUCAGGGUACUUGUGAUUCAGCGUGGCCACAUCACCAGCUAUUUAUCUCGUGUAACGGGAACAUGUUACGGAGAGGGUUAUCUCCACAUACCAAUGGUUAGCCUGCUGAAGCAGACAGACAACCAAGGCCAUUGAAGGACACUGUACAAGUGCUCUAAACAGAGCAGUCUUUGAGGAAGAUUGUGCAGCGGCGACAGUGACGAUGCUCGAAUGAGUCACAGCAGCAUUUGACGAACUGUCAUCAGCUAUGAGACUAUCGUCAGGAAAGUCAGUGCUAUCAACUUUAUGGACAACUUUUUUUGGGUGUUUUUGCCCAAUAUAUGCAUUUACAUUUUUACCAAUGUUGGAAGCGCUGUAAGAAGCGUGAACGCCAAAUGGAAUCUUGCAAGGGGUGGACAGACAAGCAACUGUAUGGAUGGAGAGGAGUGACUGAUGAGGAUUUAUUUUUGACUGACUUUUAUACAGAGAAAUGUAUUAUUUUUGUACAUUUCAUAUUUGUUUUUGUACAAUCUUGGCAGUGUUUACGGAAGGAGAACGGACAACAGAAGGAAGGAAGUUCCCCCCACAUGGAAAUGUUCCUUUCAUGCUUUUUAUGCAAGGACUUCUCCCUGUGUGAGGGAACAACAGGUUGAUGCAAGGACUUCUCCCUGCGAGGAAAAGAAAAGGUUAAUGUGGGCAUUGCUCUGAUCUCUGAAGAAAAUCAGGUUAAAAUUGGUCAUAAGCCGUGGUUAAACUCAUAAUAUCAAACGCUUAACAUACAGGUUUGUCUCUAUCAACAGGAUGAUUGAAGAUGUUUUCUUUCUUUUAAUACCCACUGACACACUCGUGUGCUUGGUACAGAUGGCGAUCUGGACAAUUUCUGCAAGAAAUAAUUUCAAUGAAGAUUCCAGCUCUUGUCAAGGUGUAAGAUUUCAUCUUAUUGUUGGUCCUCAAAUUUUCCAGUUUUCUCAGAUAUCGGGUCAAAGUGUUCCACAACAGACGGGAACAGUGAUUGCUAGGUCUAUUAAGGUGAGAGAGAAAUGUGUUAGUACUUCGAAGAUUGCGUGAAACAUGCAGGGUUGCUCUGUACUGAGACAAACAUUCAAACAUAGAUCAGGUCUUAUGGACAAGAUUAAACUAAGGAAGCAAGUUCACCGGCCACGUGCCAACAAAGUUACAGUGCCUCCGAAGGGAUGGAGGAUUCUAUAAAUCUUAAGACAUUGAUGAAAAAUGUAAGCCUGCCGAGAAUAGACUCGACCACAAGGUGUCUUGUAAGGUGAGCAUCUGUUCUGCGGGAACACAACACCAUCUUUACUAUGGGUGCCUCGACGAGCACCGACAUUGAUUAUUCUUGUUGCUGUUGAUAUCUAGCCCAAGGGCUAAAGGUUAGGAGCGGAUUUUCCUACUUUCGAAUUACAAGGUAAUUGUAAGAUUGUCGCAAGACAAAAUGUUUUGAUAAGACGUCUCUUGAGAGAUAAAUGCUAGGCGAAAACACACUUGCCCUCCUCUCAGAUGUCUAAAUCAGGCUUGACUCAGCCUCCAAUGGGUUUUGGAUGACGUAAUUUAGUUUUUGUUGGAAGAUGUCUUUUAAGCAGAGAUGUGCCCCUAGAGAGGAUUAAGAUUGAAAAAGGGGAUCUUUUCAAACUUAUUAUUCUUAUGUCAAGUUUAUUAUGCGAUAAAAUAAUUGGAAUAUUCAAGUUGUGUUUUCAUAUCUUACACGAUAUACUAUUGAUGUACGAGUUGAAUAUUUUAAAGUGUUACUGAGUAAAGGUGAAGGUUGAACCACAUAUCGGGGUGCAGAUACUUGUAUCUUGCCGAGGAUUUUAGUACAUCAUGAAAACUAUACCCCAUAUACUCUGAAUUGUAAUCUUUUCCAACUUAUAUCAUUAAGCUUUGUAGCCCUAGAACUCAUUGUGACAGUAACUUUAUGUACACCUAGUGUGGAAAUGAAAUAGCCCAGGAUUUAGAAAAUGUGAAAAUAUUUGAAUAAUUAUUCAAGCAUCAUGGAAUUUGAAUAAUGUAAUGUGCAUGUGAACUUAGCUAUUGGUCAUGAACUACAUAUAUUCUUGUGUUAAAUUGAUUGAUUUUUCUCAGUACCCUAAUGUGUUAUGUCAUUGUUUUACCUGAUUCAAGGUUUUCUGGAUACCAAGAGAGGAGAGACGGAUCCAAUUUUUAACAUUGUAAUGAUUAAACUGCAUGACAAAUAGUUGAGGACAACAUAUCGAGGGUACAAUGUAAUAUUUCAAUGUCUUUGUAGUUGAACUCUGACUCAAGUCAGAUUGUCUUUUUGCCUGAUAAUCCUAAUGGAGUAAGUCUUAACCUGAAAUUCCAUGAUGCUAAUAUUUUUUAAUUUCUUGACAUAUUGUGUGAGUUUCUAAUUUGAUCUUGCAUAUAACCAUGCUUGCUUUUCUGAUUAUUGUUUUUCAGUCAAAUUGCACAAUGUUGGACUUUCAGUGUAGUGGUGACAAUUAAAAUGCCUGUCCCAGAUGUUGCAUGUAUGGCUAUUAUGUUCGUAUUUCUGAAUUUUAUUAUUAUAGGAAUAUGUGAAUAAUCAUAAUGCUAAUAAUGAUGAUUAUGAAGAAAAUAUAUUAAAUAUUUCAUUUUGUUUAUACUCACUCUUGAUAACAAUAACGGGGGGUAUCCUUUGAAACACAGUUUCUUCGUACUCGUUACUUGUAUGGUUGCUAUAGAAACCAGUUCUUUUACCUACUAUGACUACUGUUUGGCUUGUGUUAAUGCAAGAGUGUUUCCUUACAACAUUACAUUGAAGAACUUAAGGAGAUUGUAUUCAAUUGUCAUGAUUUUUUUCUCUACACUGUAUCAAGUUUGACUUUUGCUUCACUUAGAUAGAAUAUUGAUAUAAGCUGGUAACUUUAGGGACUUUGUAGAAUAUAUUGUGAUGUUUGAUUUUCCUGAGAUCUUCCAAGUCAACAAAGUACAUUACAGCAGAGCACUUUUUGAAGUUUAUGAAUUGUCUGAAGGUUAUUGGACUAAGAUUCUGGGCAGUCCUUGUCUGUCCCGAGGAGCGACUUACUGUGCUGUUUCCUUGGGAACAGAUUCUGACAUUAUCAGGAAGAGUGAACACCGGAUGGUAUGAUAACUUUACUGCUUAUUUUCCCUGAUACAAGCCUCGUUGUCCGACUGUGGUAGGGUCUCAGUUUGUCAGACAUGUUGUAUGGGCUGAGCCAGGGACUGCCCAACAGGUCCUGUAUAGAGGUAUUUUAUUGAUUCCUUACAGCUAGAAAUCUGUAUCUGUGAAAUAUAUAAGAAAAAACGGCAAAGGCUUGGACCAGGCCAGGGAAAUGUUAGCCCAGGGUUGUCGAAAACAGUGGUACGGUUUUGUCUGUUACUGAAUAAAUGUUGUUUUGUGGUGAAAAGAAA